AUGCCGACGACAUCAUCUGCCCCGGUGUACGUCCCUAGUGCGAGUAGAAAGCUUCGAAAAGCCGGCGACACCCCGUACAUGUCCAUCCACAGCUUAACCCGGCGCAGAUUCCCAGUGCGAGUGAGAAGCAUGGGGCGCCUCAGUCACACUAUUCCACCACGGCCCACCGUCCACGGGGUGUACCAAGGGUGCGAACCAAGGCCGUGCCCACGUUUCUUGCUUCCCGUUACCCAAAGCCGUCUCCAGCAAUGGGCCGACCACGUCUUGCUGUCGGGACCCUUUGGAGACUGCCGCGCCGGCACAGUGCUUCCGGUCCACGUACAACUAACCAACCCCCGUAACGGCACUACCUCCUCGCUGCAGGCAAUCCCAGAAGCCGCGGUCAAGUCACCUACUUUGCGAGCGGGGCAAAUGUCUAUUUUCAAACCAUACCCUCGAUUUCGAGAGCCUUUUGGCUUCAAAGCCAGAAACCUAAUCAGAACUAGUGAACCACUCUUGGUAACGCUGCUUCUGUCUGGAUUAAAUCCUCAACGCGGGCUCUCUAGUCACGACAAUGAGCCUGCAGCAGAAUAUCAUAACAACAUAGCAUCUAGCGAUGUUGGGUUAGAUGACUGCAAUCAGGAUGCGUCAGCCUGCAAGGACAACUCGAUCAAGCGCAGCAAUUUCGAUCUCGAGACAGACAGCAUCCACAAGAGUCUUCAUUAA